AUGGCGAACUCGAGUCUCUCUCCUUCCCAGUCCACCAUGUCUUCGACAGGCACUCCGAGGCCACUCCCAGCAAGCCGCGCAUAUACUGCACCCGACAAAAUGACGGUUAAUGGCCACUUUGCGUCCGCCGGUCAGAAUGGGGAGGCCAACUUCGAGAACGGCGUGCAGGUCAUCGAUGAGGACAAAGAGUUCAAUCCGGAUCUAUCCAAAUACUUGAACUAUACCAACGUAUCUCACUCCGGGUUCAAUUACCACUUGAUCUCCGUGUUCGGGUCGCAGUCGACCGGAAAAUCUACCCUUCUAAAUGCGCUCUUCGGCACCGAUUUCUCUGUCAUGUCUGAGGCGGAGCGCAGGCAAACGACCAAAGGAAUCUGGCUAUCCAAGAAUAAAAGCACGCAACCAAACAUGGCGGAGAAUAUCCUGGUCAUGGAUGUCGAAGGUACAGAUGGUCGAGAACGGGGUGAAGAUCAAGAUUUCGAGAGGAAGAGCUCCCUAUUCGCGCUCGCAACAAGUGAGGUCUUGAUGGUCAAUGUGUGGGAACACCAAGUCGGUCUAUACCAAGGCGCGAACAUGGGCCUGUUGAAGACGGUUUUCGAGGUCAACCUACAGUUAUUCUUGAAGGACAGGAAGUCGACCUCACGCAGCCUCCUAUACUUUGUGAUUCGAGAUUUCCUCGGCACUACACCCCUCCAAAAUCUCCGAAACACCCUGAUGCAGGACAUGGCCAGGAUCUGGCAGAGUCUAUCAAAACCACCAGGGCUGGAAAAGAGCAGCAUUGAUGACUAUUUUGACUUCGCAUUCACCGCCCUUCCACAUAAACUAUAUCAACCGGAGCAAUUCAAAUCGGAGGUGGCCAAAAUGGCGACCCGGUUUCGUGACGGCCACCGAGACUCCCGAAGGGACGCACUGCUGGGAGAGUUCGAGGGUGGGGUUUUCUUACCAGAGUACCAUCGCCGCAUCCCGGCUGAUGGCUUUGCGCACUACGCAGAGGGCAUCUGGGAUCAGAUUGUGAACAACAAGGACUUAGACCUACCUACACAGCAGGAACUGUUGGCUCAGUUUCGGUGUGAUGAGAUCAUGCGCGAGGUCAUGGUCCAGUUCGACGAAACGAUUACUCCUCUCGAAAUACAGCAGGCGGAUUCGGCCAAGAUCGGCGCAGCAGAGGUCAUCCCCGGCCUGGGCGCUGCGAUGCGUCAAGCUCGAGCUGAAGCCAUCAAAAACUUCGAAACCGAAGCAAGUAGAUAUCACAAGGGGGUGUAUCAACGCAAGCGGGCUGAGUUAGAAAGCAAGACGGAUGCCAGACUGAAGGUGCUCUUGUCCGGUCAACUCAGUGCUGCGCACAAACAAGGAGUGCAGGAGUUCAGUGACGCUGUUAGUGGUGCCGUCAAAGCUGGGCAGAAGAAGGGCGCAUCGUACGACUUUGCCGAGAUUGUCAAGGAGGAGACCCAGGUUGCGCUGAAAAAAUUCGAAUCAAUCGCUAAAGAAGCCGUCAUCGAAGGUGCUUCUUGGUCUGACUACAAGCAAGCAAUGGUGCUGUAUCAGAAGGACCUGGACAAGGUUUCCGGACAGCUGCGACGGGACGAGAUGCGCCGACUGGCCACACGUGUUGAGAGAUGGGUCCGAAGCAGAUUAAAUGACAGCAUUGGCCUGGAGUUCAACUCUUUGGGAUCCGGCCGUAGUGGCUCCGGAGCCCCCGAGCAUGGUGAGAAGCCUACGGAGAAGGGUAUCUGGGACCGCAUAUGGACUCUGUUCACCGCCACAGUUCAAGAAGCCGAGAAACGCUUUGCCGACCGGGCAGCUUCCUUUGACGCUAGUGUAGAAGAAGUCGAAGUUGGCCGGUGGCGCCUGAGACGAAAGUCUUGGGCUGUUUUGCGCUCGAAGAUUGACGAGGAAAUGAUGGAAGGUAAUCUCUUGCUCAAGCUUCGCGAGAACUUUGAGGACAAAUUCCGAUACGACGAGGCUGGCGUGCCCAGAAUAUGGCGGCCCACAGACGACAUCGAGGGCGUGUAUACACGAGCCCGGGAGAGCACGCUGACGCUGAUCCCGCUCCUGUCACGAUUUCGACAUUCUGAGUCUGGCGUACCGCCUCCUCUUGAUCGCUGGAUCGGUCCAACGCCCGCUGCUGCAACCGCGGCGGACGAGGAGGACCUUUCACCCAUCGGAGGCGUGGACGAGGACGAGGGCAAGAGCCUGGAGGAAGAGACGACCAUUCUCAACGAAGCCAAGAGGCAGGACCUGACGGUUCGGUUCAAGAAGGCUGCAGAUGGAGUCUACGUCGAGGCCAAGCGUAGCGCGAUUGGAGGCAUGACGCAGGUUCCGUUGUACUUUUACGGUCUCUUACUCGCUCUCGGAUGGAACGAGAUUGUUGCCGUGCUUAGGAACCCGGUCUACUUCAUGUUCCUCAUCGUCCUUGCCGCUGGUGCAUACGUCACGUAUACUCUGAACCUAUGGGGUCCGAUGUUCAACAUGGCCAAUGCCGCAUCACAACAAGCCCUCGAAGAAGGCAAGCGAAGACUGCGAGAGUUUCUAGAGGAGAAUCCGACGGCACGACAAGCCAUGGCCAUGUCAGGCAGGAACGACGAAUACGAAAUGACGACUCUGUCUAAAAGAUCUCACAAAACCAAGACUGACGGGGCAGCUGACGAUGAUGACGAUGGCGGUGACGAGAUAUAG